GGGAUGGAGGGGGGUGGGGGAGAGGCAGGAGGAGAGGACAGAUUGUCACGGAGUCUGAACAAGCGAGGAACCAAGGAGCCACAAACAUUCCCAACGGGAGAUCGGGUGCAUUUGAAAUCCAGCCUCCACUCUGGGACAUCACUGAGCGCAGUAUAAAUCUGUAUCACACGGGAGAGGGAAAUAUCCCGGAGACCCGGACAUGGGAAGAGCAGCCACAAUCCUGGUCAAAGUGCACGAUGCAUUUCGAUUGAAGAACAAACUCUUCAGAGAAUGCCUGGCAGAGUUUCUGGGGGUCAGCAUCUUGAUUCUGUUUGGAUGUGGAGCUGUAGCGCAGAUGGUCGUCAGUCACACGACACGAGGUGAAUUCCUGUCGGUCAAUCUCGGCUUCGGACUCGGGGCAACAUUCGGAAUUUACAUUUCCGGAGGGAUCUCAGGGGGUCACCUGAAUCCAGCUGUGUCUUUCAGCCUGUGCCUCCUUGGGCGGUUCCAAUGGAAGAAGUUGCCGUUUUACAUGUUCUUUCAGACCCUGGGGGGGUUUGUCGGGGCUGCAGUUGUCUACGGGGUACAUCACGAUGGGAUCCAUGCCGUUAACAACGGGACUUUGUCUGUCACCGGGCCACGUGCCACAGCCUUCAUUUUCGGCACCUACCCUGCACCGUUCCUCACCCUUCCCAAUGGCUUUAUUGACCAGUUGAUUGGCACCGGCACCCUCCUCCUGUGCAUCUUCGCGGUGGUGGACUCCCAGAACUACGGCGCUCCCAAGAUCCUUCAGCCCAUCUUCAUCGGCCUAUCCGUGGUGGCCAUUGGAAUGUCCAUGGGCUCCAACUCCGGUUACGCCAUCAAUCCCGCCCGAGACUUCGGGCCGCGUCUGCUCACCCUGGCAGCGGGAUGGGGCACCGAAGUCUUCACGGCCGGGAACGGUUGGUGGUGGAUCCCCAUUGUGGCGCCCAUGGUGGGCGCAGUGCUGGGGGCCCUGGUCUACGAGUUGCUGGUGGAGCUGCACCACCUGGAGGCCAAGUCGGGUGCCGCCGACUACGCCGCUGAGGAGACGCUGAAGGGGACGGCUGCCGGGGGCAAGGACGGCCCGGCCGUGCGGAGGGACAAGGCCGGAGCGGAUGACCAGUUCGUCAUGGCGAUGUGAACGGGAAGGUGGGGGGGGGGCGGAGGGUGGGGAAGGUCUACUCUCCCUCCAUCUUCACCCCCAACGUUACCUCCCCCCCCCCCCCCCGGAAUCCCUCCCAGGGAUGGAUGGGUGGGGGGAUGCGCUGGGGAUGUGAGCGAACAGAUACCAGAGAACUCCCGUCGCCGGGGUCAGGUGGUCAGCAUCACCCUCCCUCCCUCCCCCCCCAAUUUCUGUCCACACCUCCCCCACCCCAACCACUUUCUGACCCAACCCCGUCCGUCCACUAAAUGCGCCCCUCCCCCCAACACCAGCGUGGCCCAUUCCAUCCAAGGGUUCACACCCCCUCCCAGCCACUACACCCCCUCCCUAUCUCUGUCACCCCCUCCAGCCCCUACACCCCUCCCUAUCUCUGUUACCCCCCUCCAGCCCCUACACCCCCUCCCUAUCUCUGUCACCCCCCCAGCCCCCUACACCCCCUCCCUAUCUCUGUCACCCCCUACACCCUCUCCCUAUCUCUGUUUCCUUCUACACCCCCUCCCUAUCUCUGUCACCCCCUCCAGCCCCAACACCCCCUCCCUAUCUCUGUCACCCCCUCCAGCCCCCUACACCCCCUCCCUAUCUCUGUCACCCACUCCAGCCCCACUCCCACCACAUCUCCCCCUCGGCCCAACCCAAGCCACGAUCCUUGACCCUAGCACAGUGCACUCUGACCCUUGACCCGGGGCACUGCGGACACCCCACCCCGACGCUUGAAGCUGGUACAAAGUGGAGGUGGGGGGGGGGGGGGGGGCGCCCUGACCUGGCAACAAUGGGGUCGGCACCCAUCACCCUCUCUACUUACACCCCCCCACACAGCUCCCUCACUGAGCUCUGAGGCCUGGUUGCCGAAGCCUGGCACACUAGGCCUCAGCCUGCCCGUUGCCCGGGGAAACCACCUCCGCCCACUCUCACCUCCGAGUGCGGAGGCACCAGGAAUCGUACUUUAGCCGCCGGUCAGCAACCGGCAGCGACUGGUUUGAUUCUCUGCUGGGAGAUAACCCCUCUGCAGGAGAAUGCUGGGGAGAGGGGGGGGGAGACAGGAGAGAGUUCCAUGUCUGUGUCUUACCUCGCCCUCCCAUUCCCCCCCGUUCUCUACUUGCACCCUCCAGCGCUUGUAUCAUACGCAUUUCCAAUGCUGCUUCUCUGAUUGUGUACUGAAACGUGAGAUUAAAUUCGGGAAUAUUUAAAGGAAAA